ACCCAAAACACCCUCUCUGAGACCUUCCCUGUCUAAGUAAAUAUUAGAUUAAACUUUAUAAUUAAAAUCUGGCUGUAUGUUCGCAAAAUAUUCAUAUUGGAUAUCAUUGUCUGUUUGUAACCUAAAGGGGAAAAUGUUUAUCAUAAUCACUGCACAGAACCCACGCUUACAUAAGGCCUUCAGGAAUGUCGGCCGCACCUGCGCAUUUCUCACUACCAAACGAAGCAGAUCAUCGGUGGGAAAAGAGGAAGUGAUGCAAGCAUCGACUUUUGCAAAGUGUGCUGGGAAUUGAAGUUGUUAUUGAAAACGCCAGUUGUUGUUUUUAAAGUUUAAACAGCUUGAAACAUCACAGCUAUCGACAAAAAGAAGGCGUAGAGCAAUCGCUACCCAAUAUAAUGAACAGCCUGUGAAUUGGGAACUGUCAUAAGGUAGGCUAAUCGAACACCAAGCGCCAGAAUGAAGCUGUCUCUCCUGAACGCUGCCAAACGCAAGCUUAAAACCAUGCGUGUUGUCUGAUAGUCUUCAACUACAUCAGACGUUCUAGUGGUAUUUAUACGUGACAAAUGAAUCUUGCUUAAAUGUUACGCUCAUCUGAUAUAGGCUAAAUUAGUUUGAAAUAAACGAGGACUGCUGCAAAAGGGACGGUGUUAUGAGCGCGCCCUUCCACAUUGUCGCCUUCCAAACAAGUUGUUUAGCCUACGACGACUAGGCUACUUUAAUGCAAGAUAGUUUCUCGUUUCGUGACAUGUCUUUAGUCGCAUGUAUGUGAAUACACGGCAGAUUAUAGCUACACAAAACCGUUUACGGUGGAUGACAACUGUCCUGCGUAGAGUGCUGUGAAAACAGAACUCCAUAACCCAGAAUGCACCUCCGCAUAGUUGUGUAAGUUUCCAGCCUCUUCCAGGAGAAACUCUUCGGGGGCGCAGGCGGUUGUUGAGAAAACAUAAAGUGUGGAUAAAAACCAAUAAAAUAUCUUCAAAGUUGUUAGCGAGUUCACUCCUUCGGGAGAAAAGGACACGAUUUCACACCGACGACUUUGGAGGUUGACUUAAACGCUAUAUUGGCGGGAUUCGAGAGCGUGGAAAGAAGAGGGGCCUGUCAAAUAUGUCCUCCUCUUCACAGGCAUCUUCCAGGCGGCAAUGGUGCUACCUUUGCGAUUUGCCCAAGAUGCCUUGGGCCAUGAUUUGGGACUUUAGCGAGGCCGUGUGCCGGGGAUGUGUGAACUACGAAGGGGCGGACAGAAUCGAGCUCCUUAUCGAGACAGCGCGGCAGCUGAAGCGAACACAUGUAAUGCAGGAUGGCCGCUCGCCCGGCCCACCGUCUGGUAAACACGGCCCAGGUGGCAAAGACGGACCCAUCGAGGGGGUCAGGCAGCCACCAGAGCGCUUCGAAAGAGGAAGAGGAGAUUACGGGGUGCCAGCACGACUUCCCAACGGCCUCCCAAGACUAGAAGACGGCGUCCCACAAGAGGUUAGUAGACAGAGCCCCAAUGCCAGAAGAAUGACCAUGAUGGGCACCGUCCCGCCCAACCUGAUGGCACAGAGCCUGGUGGGCACCCCCCAUGGCCUGCUGGCAGCCGUGCCUGGCCUGAGCGCCCGGCCCGGUGGCACCCCACUCACCAUCUCGGGCCCCAUGCUGAGCGAGAUGACAAAGAGGCAGGUGCUGGGCGUGGGUCCCUUCAUCAGUCCUGAGAUGGAGAAGGAACUGAAGGACAAGCACCGCAGCGCAGAGGCCCUGAACGAGCUGUCGGAGAGCGUGCGCAACCGGGCCGAGGAGUGGGCCGGACGCCCCAAGCCCAUCCGUGACACCCUGGUGGCCCUGACCAGCUCCACGCCCUUCAAUGUGCGCUUCAAGAAGGACCACGGCCUGGUGGGACGCAUCUUUGCCUUUGAUGCCAAGAUUCCCGGGCAGGGGCCGGAGCCCGCGGAGCUGAAGGUGUUCGUGGAGUACCCCUGCGGCACUGGCGUGGUCUUCUCCAGCCUUGUCACCCUGGUCAAGCAGAUGUUCCACGAUUGCCAGAAGGACGCCGGCAAAGUCAUCACCUCAGGCCUCAAGUACGUGGAGUACGAGAAGCGGCACGGCUCGGGCGACUGGCGCCUGCUCACCGAGCUGCUCAGUGACGGCGUGCGCGCCUUCAAGGAGGCCCCCAACCCUGACGCCCUCCCACAGCCUUACCUGGACGCCAACUGCGCCAUCCUGCCCACUGCCAUCGUCCAGAUGGGCCGCCCGGGCUCCGGGCCCGCCGGCAUGUCCCGGGUGCGCCGGCGUAAACCCUCCCCCGAGCCAGAGGGUGGCGGCGGAGGCCCAGGUGUCGGAGUGGUGGAGCGCAUCACAGAGGAACAGCUGCGGCAGCACUGGGCACUGGGUGGCUACCCGCAGAUGAUCCACAUGGCCGCCGCGGCAGCAGCGGCCGCCUCCAUGCCCAACGCGGGGCAGCCCCCGCCCGAAGGCCUGGUGGUGCACGGCAUGGGCGGCCCGUCCGGCAGCGACCCCUCCCCCAUCACGGCGCUCAUGAACGUGGCUGACAAUGCGGGCGGCGCGUCAGGCCAGUCGCCCAAAGACGCCCCUCCCGGCUCCUCGGGCAUGCCCCACCCGUCCUCCGCCCUGGCGUCUUCGUCCUCCGCCAGCUCCACGCUACGCCAGACCAGCAGCAGCCCCAUGGCGGCGUCCCCGGCCGGUCAGCGGCGCCUGGCGUCCAGAAACGGCGAGCCGGGGUCUGUGGUGGGUGGCGGCAGCGGCUCCGGUCCGGCAGGGGCGGCCACGGCGGGCGCCAUGCCCUCGGAGCAGGCUGCAGGCAUUGCCAGCGGAGAUGCGGCGGGCGCCGGGGGCAGCGGCGGUGCCCCGCUCUGCUGCACGCUCUGCCGGGAGCGGCUGGAGGACACACACUUUGUGCAGUGCCCCUCCGUGCCGGGCCACAAGUUCUGCUUCCCGUGCACGCGCGACUUCAUCCGCGGCCAGGGCUCCGGCAGCGAGGUCUACUGCCCCAGCGGGGACAAGUGCCCCCUGGUGGGCUCCAACGUGCCCUGGGCCUUCAUGCAGGGGGAGAUCUCCACCAUCCUGGCCGGAGACGUCAAGGUGAAGAAGGAGAGAGACCCGUAACCAGAAGCACCCCUCCAACAGCCCUCCUCCCCUGCGGACAGAGGGUCCCAUUCCUCCACGGAGCAAACUGCAGCCUUGAACCCCAAAGAAGCUGUGAUCCCCACGCACGGCAGUUAGCACUGAAGAGAUGCCGUCAGUCAAGCAGGUCCUCUUCCUCUCUCACCCAGCCAAUCACCCUCCACCUUCCUCCCCCCUUCAGGGAGGGGCUAUCUUUUAGACCCCUCCCCUGAAUCAGGUCUGGAGGACACCUGCGGUUUUCUCUGACCUUAAAAAAAAAAGAACUUUAUAUGCUCUUAUUGCCGCCCAAAAAUGUCAAGUCUGUAUGUUUAAACAAAAAAAAAGCAAAAUCAUAAGUAUUGUCAAAUAUUUAGGCAAAACCGUAUAUAGUUGUAGGCUAUAUGAAAGUAUACUCUAAUUUAACCUUACAUGUAAUGUACUCCUGCCCCAUGACACUGGGUAGCCUAUGUUUUUUUUGGAGAACCAAAAAAAAUCGCACCUCAAGGACUAUUCGACUAUCUGUCUCUUUUUCGAGAAUGAAUGCAGACAUCACUGAAUGUCCCCACACACCCCUGACAGGCGUACUCUGUGUGGGAGGGCAAAGCUAGCGUCGCUCUUUGCCCCCUUGACAGCAACACAACCGCUUAGGUCAGGUGCACUGUCAUGCAGUCACACACACACACACAAACACACACACGCGUACGUUCCUACAUCUGGUUAUGCUGACUAAUGCCGGUUCAGAUAGGGGAAGGAAGCCAGCUUAGCCGUCUGCGAACAUACAGAGCAAACAGAAACCGUUACCCACCCAACACACAUUUACAGACAACAGAAGAAUGCUUUCACCAUAUCCCAGCCAUGCCUAUUUCAAGUCCAGCAUGUAUGAUAUAAAUCUCUCUUUAUAUUUGAUAUACUGUAUGUAGAUUGUAACGGGGAAAAAAAACGUGAGAAAGAAUAUAUAUAACAUCCCUUCCAAUGGUUCUAGAAGUGCAAUCUCUAGUUUUGAUACUUUAUACCGCUUUAAGUACCACUAUGUACACGAGUGAAUAGAAAACCAAAGAUAGAUUCUUGCAGAGAUCCGUGCAUAAUACAACGCUGUAGCGUAUAUUUUUGUGGUAAAAUGGCUUUUUAUUUCAUUGAUAAACAGGGAAGUUCUAUGGGGAAUCGUGUUUCUGUCCUGUAGAGGGGACGCAGUACAUUGUAUGUUGCUCACGUAAAUGAGUAUAUUUGUAUAACCCCUUUUUUUGCCAGUGAAGUUGAGAAAACCAACGACACAGGUGUGAUGAUUUGGUGAAAUGUACAAAAAAAAUGUGAUGACAUUGUUUAAUUUUCUACAAUUCUACAAGGUCUAGAUAUUAUAUAUUUUUAUUUCAACCGUAUGACAUGUUGAAAGGCAUACUUUCUCAAGACAGGGAGAUGCCAAAAUGUUUUGAUCUAAAGACAUUUCGCGAGUACUUUUACAUGUAAUGACUUUUCAGACACGUGUACUGUUAAAACUCUUGAUGCCCUGGAUAUAUGAUAUGGUAAUGUAUAUGUAAACAUACCUUCUCUCAAACACUUUAAUUCUCUCUCUGUAAAAUGUUCAAUCUGCUUUUUUUGUGGUAAGGCUCCAAUUAUAUUUAAAUUAAAAGAGCGACAGGCUUUUGACAAUCCCUAAAUAAAGGCGGUCUGACGUCCACAAUGGCCAGAAGUCAACCAACCACCCGACUUGCGUCUCCUUCUCUGACACUCCUGCUCAACAAAUUAUUGCAGGUAUACGUAGGGUGCAAUUUGUUAUAUAAAAAAAAAAAAAAAACGGAAUGGGGGAUGUUUUCAGUAAGAUUUUAAGCAACAUCAACGGAUUCGCAUUAAACUUGAGAUUUAAGAUUGUUUAUAGAAGUGUAGAUGUCAAAACCAGAAAGAGAGAAAUGUACACUGAUUCAAUUUACAAUGAUUACAAUGAUGUGUUUUUCAUCUACCUUAUCCUAUGUGUUAAAACGUUUUCACAAAAUAUCAUAACAUUUGUGAAUGGGGAAAAGGUGUUUUUAAUAUACAUCACACAGAGUAUGUAUAUUAUGGAGUCUAAGGAAUACAAAAACUUAAUUAUAUUGACUUGGGAAGUCAUGGGUAAGCUGUUAGGGCGUCAGACUUGUAGCCCAGGGGUUGCUGGUUCGAUGCUCGACCCGCCAGGUUGGUGGCAGUGGAGUACUGUGUCACAAUGACCACUGGAGUUUCCCAGGUGAUAUGAGCUUUCACUUUCACCUUAGUGUUGUCAGUAAAUCUCUUGUUACAACAGCCCCUCCACUAUACAGGGCACCCCAAAAAUGUACACACACUUCAAAUAAUUAUAAAGUGUUUUUUUUUUUUUUUUCAAUGUUUUUUACAACUCUUACAAAUGAUUUUUUGUUCUCAAAAUGUCAUCCAUCCAGUUCUAGGCACUGCUGACAACGCGAUUCACACACAAUGCUCUUUGGAUUUUUGUGAUUUCACUUUCAGUGACUGUUGCCGGUUUCCCGGGAUAGACUUUAGACAUCAGUUUGAGACAAAACAUUGAAGUCAUGUCUGUAUUGUAUUACACUUUUUUUUUUUUUUUUACAAAUUACAUUACUAUUGAUAAAUGA